CAGCGGGGAGGCAUGUCCGUGCCCGUGCCCGUGCCCGGCGGCGGGCGGUAAGCGGCCAUGCCGCGCAGGGCGGAGCGGUGUCUGCAGAUCGCCCCGCACUCCCUGGCCAUCGUCCUGGGCGCCGCGGGCGGAGGGCGGCCCGGGGGCGGCGGGGGGGCCGGCGGCGGCGCGGGGCCGGCGGCGGAGCUGGGCCGGCACCGCAUCGGCUACGAGAUCUUCGCGGACUUCAAGCGGGAGAACAUGCAGCACUUCUGGGACCGGCGAGCCACGGCGGCGGUGGCCGAGACCUUCUUCUUGGGCUGGAUCGACGAGCAGGUGCUGCUGGUGCAGGGCAAGGAGGAGCACCUGGAGGUGCUGCGGCAGGGCUGGGCGCGCCGCUCCCUCAAGCCUCCCAGCGGCUUCCAGAUCAAGUGCCUGGGUGAUGUAUCACCCAUCAGCAUGUCUCCCAUCAGUCAGUCACAGUUUAUUCCACUUGGGGAAAUCCUUUGCCUGGCCAUCUCAGCAAUGAACUCUGCCCGAAAACAAGUCACACAAGAAGCACUAAUGGAGCACCUAACAACCUGCUUCCCAGGAGUUCCAACACCCAGUCCAGAAAUCCUUCGACAUACCUUGAAUAUGCUUGUACGGGAGAGGAAAAUAUACCCAACUCCAGAUGGUUAUUUCAUAGUAACCCCGCAGACCUACUUUAUAACGCCAUCUCUCAUAAGAACUAACAGUAAAUGGUACCAUUUGGAUGAGAGGAUACCUGACAGGUCUCAAUGUACCUCUCCACAGCAAGGAACUAUAACUCCCUCCACCUCGGGAUGCGUCAGGGACCGAACACUACCCAAAAACCACUGCGAGUCCUGCCAUUGUUGUAGAGAAGACAUGCACAGCAUGCAUGCAUCUACCCUACAGAGGAAAUCAGCAAAAGACUGUAAAGACUCAUACUGUCCUCCUUCCUUAUGUCAGGUCCCACCUACUGAGAAAAGUAAAAGUACUGUCAAUUUCUCUUAUAAAGCAGAGACGCUCACAAAGCCUAAGGAUGUAGAAAAGCAGUCUAAGAAAUUUGGACUCAAAUUAUUCCGAUUAAGUUUUAAGAAGGACAAGGCAAAACAGUUGGCAAAUUUCUCUGCCCAGUUUCCUCCAGAGGAGUGGCCCCUAAGGGACGAGGACACCCCUACCACUAUACCUAGAGAGGUAGAAAUGGAGAUUAUCAGGCGUAUUAACCCAGACUUGACUGUGGAAAAUGUCAUGAGGCACACUGCACUAAUGAAGAAACUUGAAGAAGAAAAAGCUCAACGAAGCAAAGCAGGAUCUUCAGCUCACCACAGUGGGCGAAGUAAAAAGAGCAGGAAUCACAGAAAGUCUCAUGGGAAGUCGAGGUCACACAGCAAGACUCGGGUGUCCAAAGGAGACCCAUCAGAUGGCUCUCACUUGGAUAUACCUGCUGAAAGGGAGUACGAGUUCUUUGAUCCCUUGACUCGAUCCCCACGGGAAGGCUGUUUUAUAAUAGAACACAAGGGAGAUAAUUUUAUCAUGCACAGCAAUCCUAACAUGAUUGAAUCUCAUUUUCCCAUGACACCAGAGUGGGACGUGUCUGGUGAGCUGGCCAAAAGAAGAACUGAAAUGCCUUUCCCUGAACCUUCCAGGGGAAGCUCCCACUCCAAGGUCCAUCGGAGCCACAGCCAUACGCAGGAUAGAAGAUCAAGGAAUGAGCGGUCCAGUAAGGCUAAAGAAAGGUCUAGAUCUAUGGAUAACUCCAAGGGACCUCUGGGCUCAGCUGCUUUAGGCACACCUGAAGAUAUAGGCGAAGGCUGUAGCCCAGAUGAUCAAACAACUAGCCAAACUUACAUUGACGAUAGUACUUUAAGGCCGUCUCAGUCGCUCAGUCAUCAAAAGGCUCUGAUGUCAUCUGCAAGCUACAAAGAGACUUGCAUCCCUGAAAUAGCUAGUGGCAGCGUAGAAACCCCCAGUUCUUGUAGCCUAUUGGAGCAAAGCAAGCCUACAGAAAAUUUGCCAUCGUAUAGUGAGCUCAACUCCUGCACGACAAAGUCUGCAGUCGACGACUAUUUCCAGUGCAACACAUCCAGUGAGACUGUACUUACUGCUCCAUCACCUCUGGGAAAGAAUAAAGAGGAUCACGAUUCACUGGCAGGGACAGAUGGGCUCAAAAAAAUGACUCCCACAGACAGACAGUCUCAACAUAUUGCUAGAGAGCCCGGGGUGCACAAAGAGGAGUCCCCCAAGGGCCCAAGCAGCGGGUCAGUGGUUGCUGGCCAGGCUGCAGAGGUGAUCGCCAAUGGGCGGCUGGUUCAACACCAUAGUGCUGAAUCGAGCAGCCUUGAUAAAAGGAAAGAAAUAUUUAGCAAGGAUACACUCUUUAAACCUCUGCACAACACUCUUUCUGUGAAUAGUUAUCAUAAGUCUAGCACAUCCCUGCUAAAGCCCCAUCAAAAGACCCCCUCUGACACACUGCCAGUCAGAUGUGAGAAACUUGAACAAGCGAUAGUCACCUCAGUCACACAAAUCACACCCGUUUCACAGAGACAGCAAGAGACAACUGGGAACCAGGAGGCCUCCUUCGACUACUACAAUGUGUCUGAUGAUGAUGACUCAGAGGAAGGAACCAACAAAAAUGCCGAGGAAGAGAAGAACAGGGAUGACGUUGGUACGAUGCAGUGGCUCCUAGAAAGAGAAAAGGAGAGAGAUCUGCAGCGAAAGUUUGAGAAGAAUCUUACUCUUCUCACCCCAAAGGAAACAGAAAAUAGCAACAACCAGAGAGCCACUCACUCAGCCCGCCUGGACAGCAUGGACAGCAGCAGCAUUACUGUGGACAGCGGGUUCAACUCCCCACGUACUCGUGAGAGCCUGGCAUCCAAUACUUCAAGCAUUGUUGAAAGCAACAGACGUCAGAAUCCGGCCCUGAGCCCCGCACAUGGCGGCGCAGGCCCAGCAUUCAGCUUCCGAGCCACCGCAGACCCGCCGACCAGCGAGGCUGAGAAACUGCAGAAACCUGCUAACUGCCUGCAAGCUUCUGUCACUAGUGUCUGACAGCCACCCCACCUCACGUCUCCUGUCUCACCCUAUACAGCGAAGUUUACGACACUGGGACUGAUGUUUACAUCUUUGGGGAAAAGUUUUUAAAAAAAAAGCAUCUCAACCACAGUUUCAGUGUUUACUUAAACUGUGCUGCUACGUAGACUAGGGGCAACAAAGAAGUCUUUAUUUCAAGGUAUUGCUUUUCACAUUUGCGGCUCUGUAGCGACAGAAUAGCAGUAGGGAUAAUAUGUACACUUUUUGCUUCACUUAAUUGUAACUGAGCACAUAUAUGAAAGUCUAGACACUGUAAGUGUAAUCUGCAUUUUCAAUGUCCAUGCAGUUGCCAACUUCGUUUUUUAAAAAAUGCCACAGAUGUGUGAUGCCCCUGGUCAGAGGCUAAACUCUGCUGCAGAGUUGAUCGUUUUUUACUUCAAAAACUGAGCCACUGCUGAAAGUAACCAGCCAGGAUCACCAUGAGAAAGAAAAAACAAUGCCAAACAUGACAAGCGAUGACCUCAGCUCUAUCUGUGAAUUAUUAAUACCAAUCAGUCGUUUUCACUGUGCGUUUUUGUGACACGAUUCUGCAAAUACCCGUUGAAGUGAGCCAAAAGAGGUUUGGGGUUGGUUUGGGUUUUUCUGAGAAUGGAGGGUGGGAAAGGGAGGUGGCCUCUCCUUUUGUGUUUCAAAAGCGUGAGAGAGGUUUACUUACGGAGACUUGCUGCUUGACUUUCCAUAGCCACAAAUGAGGGGUGAGGCCUUUGU